GGAAACUUUCUGCGCCUCAAAUUCCUGAAGUUUGAGUCUAUUGUUCGUGUCGGGAAGCAGUGAGUGGAUCUCUGGACUCAUUCUGGACGGAAACAACACCGUGCAAGUAACGGGCCACACGGACAUGAAAAAGCUGUGAACCGCCCGUGUGAGAGUGUUGCCCACAUUUUUAAGUUUGGGAGAAGUCGGGAAAACGAGUGCUGAUGGCGAAAGAAGGAGGGAGAUAGUUUGGAGGAGCCGAGGAAGGAGCCGAGGAAGGAGCCGAGGAAGGAGUCGAGGAGGCGCUGGGCUAUGUGGCACAGCUCCCAGAGCUCUGCUAGCGGGAGAACGGGUCGCUUCCCUCGCGCUGGUGGGACCUCGGGCUGUUUGCUGGGAAACAACAUUUGCGCCAGUUUUGCGGGCUCCGUUUGAAAAGUCGCUCCAGCUGAAGUCGCUGCGUUUUGCAGCGUGGUCAAAUUUCCUGGUUCCACCCCAACAGCAGCCAGAGCGCGAGCUCUGGGCAGAACUUAACCCUUGCCUCCACCUCCACAGAGAUGGAGAGAGAGAAGGAGAGACAGCGGCAGCAGUGGGAGGAGAAGGAGAGCAACGAGGCGGAGGAGGACAGGAAGAGGGCCGGUGAUGCUGACGAUGAGGAGGAGGAGGAGGAGGAGGAGGACCUGGAGAACGCGGUGCUGGUCUGGCAGGAAGACUACGGCAAGGACAACCUGGGCCUUCCCAUCAUGCACUGGGAGGCGCUGAGCCUGCACAUCGCUGAGCUGGAGAAGCAGGAGGAGGAAAAGAAGGCGAAGAGCGGAGCGUCUCUGGAGCGAGGCAGCUGGACAGAGCAAAGGAGGAGAGCAGAGAGUUGGGACGACGGAGACGACAACUGCAGCAAUCACAUGAUAGCACUCAGUUCCCGUUUACAGACACAGAUGAACCUUCAGCUCUGUUUCAUCAACAACAGUGAAAGUGAGGACGAUGAGAAGGAAGGAGACGUUCUUGUGAAGGACAGCUCUGGCACCUGGUCAAAGAGAGCGUCCGUUCAGGCUCAUAAAACUCCUCCGCCUGCUGCCAAGCCGGAGAAACCCAAGUCUGGAGGCUUGAGGAACACGCUGAGGAACCUACGAGACAGACUGAGAGCAGACCACAAAUCACCGGCUAAAGCUUGUAGUGAUCGUCUCGUCGAGAGGAGACAUUUGGAGCGAAGUGAUUUAAAUAACUUCACUAUCAAAGAAUUGAAUGCUCUUUGUUCGUCUCUCAGCCAGACUAUACAAGACCUUAGUUCAGAGCUAGUGGGUCGUCUUCAGGUCCGGGAUCAGCUGAGGACAAAACAGGACGCCCUGCUGCUGGAGGUUCAGGACCUGACAUCGGUGUGAACCUGCCAGAGACUCUCGGCUGUUUAGAAAGAUUUGUGUCACUCCGUCAUUUCGUCGACUGCUGUGAUCUGGACGUGUCCUGGAGGGCUGAACUUUUUUUUUUUUAAUUGGAGACAGAACCAGUACAGAGCCACUUGUCUGAGGUGUGGUGUAAACGGUACAGUCAACUACACACAUUGGCAUUGGAAUGGACUUUGUGACUAAGGAGCCGUACUGGUUUGUGUUGGCCGACAGACUAAGUAAUGUAACACUGUGGUUGACUGUAGAUAUUUUAGUCAGUUUGUUGUCUGGGAUGAUCCGUUUACAAUACAUAAAGUAAAAAGGGCUUAUUAAUACACAUAAAUGCACUAUAUCAUAAAUUAGUCUUUGUCCCUUAAACAUUAACUCACUAUAACAGAGCUAGAAAUAAACUUCCGUUCCAAUCCUGCAAAAAACUUAAACACUCUAGAUCAGCUCUAAUGUGCCACUUUUAAAAUAUGUUGUGUUUUAGAAAUCCAGCAAAGGCAAUCUAAUACUAGCGUUAGCACAUAUUAAUGUUGUGAUAUUUUCCUUAGUUGGAAAACUGCAAUCAAAAGGGAAUCUUGUUCAUCAGCUGCUAAUUCAGCCAGCAACUGAUUGUCCGCAUUGUAACAAGUGGAGCUAUGUUCUGUUCAGAUAUGUUUUUUUCUAUUGGUGAUUUUGUAUGUUUUUGUCUAGUAGCAAAUACCUAAAUGUUCUCUGAUGUCGGAUGCAGUUUUUCUGCUUAAUCUGAACACAGACUAUGUCAGUAUUUAACCUAGUUAUUAUCGCAAGCAUAAUGUAACGCUGACAUUUUUAUAAUUUACCCAAUAACUCAGUCGUCCCCUGAUGAUAGAUAUGUUGUUUUAUCCAGUUAUGAUUUUUUAUUGCGUAUUCACACACAAGCUACAUACAGGAAACUGUAUGUAGCUUGUGGACUGUGUCAUAACCUGCCUUAAGCUGUGUUUUGAACAAACUGUCAGUGAAAGUGAAAGUUACAAUGUUUUAUUCUGGGUAACUGAAUAACCAGAUCUGUUUUUAUAGUUAAAAAAUUCUAUAUAAUUACCUAAAAUGCCAAUCAAUCCAAUCAGUUUAAGUAAACAAUAUUUAUGUGGUCUGUGAA